CGAAAGAGACUAGGACUAGGAGAGUAGCUUUCCUUAAAUAAACUUACUUCUAUACUUCUUAGGAUACGAUUACCAAAUACGACUCAGAUUUUGUUUCUAUUCUUCUACCUUGAACUCUAGGUUCCUUCUUCAAAAGCCCAUCUUCCCCAUCGAUCUCGUUAUCCUUUUUUUACAGUUUCUGUGUUUUGGGUAUCUCUUGUAUUGGCGUGACAAGGUUUUGAGCUUCAGUAAUUUUAGGGUUUUUGGUUUUAAGCUUACAGGGAUGGAUUCAGAGGAUGAUAAGUACAGCAACAGCGAUGUGGAGUAUCUGGUUGACGAUCACCUCUACAGUGAUAACGUCAAGAAGUUCCAAACACAGCAGCAGAACUACACCAUAUUGAGCGAAGCAGAUAUACGUCGACGCCAAGAAGAAGAUAUUACAAAAAUCUCUACAGUUCUUUCAAUAUCAAGAUCUUGGUCAAGUAUCCUUAUGCGCCAUUAUAAUUGGAGCAUCACUAAAGUUCAAGAAGAAUGGUUUGCAGAUGAGGAGAAAGUAUGCAAAGCUGUUGGUUUAUCAGACAAACCAGUUGUUCUUGAAAUACAAGAAAAGGUUAAAGAAGUUACUUGUAAUAUCUGUUUUGAAAAUUUUUGUUCUCUUGAUAAGGUGGCUUCUGCUGUUUGUGGCCAUCUCUUCUGUGUUUCAUGUUGGGCAGGUUAUAUUAGCUCAUCAAUUAAAGAUGGUCCAGGAUGUUUGAUGCUGAGAUGUCCUGAUCAAUCAUGUAGUGUUGCUAUAGAUCAAGAUUUGAUCGAUCAAUUCACUUCCGAAGAAGAUAAGGAAAAGUUUUCGAAUUAUCUUCUUAGAUCUUAUGUCGAAACGAAUAGGAAAAUCAAAUGGUGUCCUUCUCCAGGCUGUGGAUAUGCUGUGAAAUUCGCAGUUGCUAGUAAUAGUAGGAGCUGGGAUGUCACUUGUCACUGCUCAUAUAGCUUUUGCUGGAAUUGUACCGAGGAAGUUCACCGGCCGGUGGUGGACUGUGAUACUGUGGGUAAGUGGGUUUUGAAGCAAAGUCAUGAAGGUGCAAAUGUGAAUUGGGUAUUAACUCAUUCAAAGCCAUGCCCCAAGUGUAAGAGGCAAAUUGAAAAGAAUGAUGGAUGUUUACACAUAACAUGCACACCUCCAUGUAAAUAUGAGUUCUGUUGGUUGUGUCUUGGUCCAUGGUCAAAGCAUGGUGAGCUAAGAGGUGGUUUCUAUUCAUGUGAUAAAUUUUUAAAAUCAAAGCUAAAUGGAACUUAUGAUGAAGCUGAGAAGAGACGUGAAAUGGCUGAAAACUCUCUAGAUAGGUCUGCUCACUAUUAUGAACGAUGGGCAAGUAACCAUUCUUUAGGGAAAGAGGCUUUGGCAAAUUUACAGGAAAUUCAAACUGGGAAGAAGCUUAAGGAACUGAGUCUCGGAGAAGGAGUAUCUGAGAUGGAGCUUGAAUCCAUAAGGGAGGCAUGGCUACUAAUAGUUGAAUGCAGGCGAGUGUUGAAGUGGACUUAUGUGUAUGGAUAUUAUCUUCCUGAGUAUGAAGAGGUUAAGAGAGCGUUCUUUGAGUACUUACAAGGUGAAGCAGAAUCUGGAUUAAAAAGGCUUCAUUACUGUGUGGAGAAGGAACUAAAAGGGUACCUCGAGGUUGAAGGUUCAAUUCCAGACUUCCAUGAAUUCCUCACAAAGAUAGUAGGAUUGACGAAAGUGACCAGGAAUUACUUUAAGAACUUGGUCCAAGCAUUCGAGAAUGGACUCUCUGAUGUCACUUGCGUUGACAAAGACACGGAUAGGCAGAGCCAUAGAAGAAUAAUGAAAUGCCUUGCUUGGUGUAGGAGUCGAUAACCCACUGGGUUUUUCCUUGUGUGAAUCAGACUCGUACGAGAAUGGUUGUAAUAUCACGCACCCUACGUCUGAGCAUAGGGUCACACGACCAAUUUUCUUUUUAAUUUCAUGAUUAUACAUUGUUUUAUGUAAUGUAACUAAAUAUGUUCAAAAUGCUCUAUUUUGUUUAUCCAUUAAUAAAAUGAGACAACUAUCUACACUUUUCUUCAAGAUCUCAUCCUGCUCGAUAAUAUUAAUAGAAGAUUAUGUUUCAGUUCCACUUUGGAAUGAAAAAUUCUAUAAGCUGAGAAUUUCAUCAAUUUUGGCCUUGCUUGCUCCUGAGCAUAAUCAUAGAUGCACAGAUAAUGUACAUCGUUCUUUCUCAGCAUG